AUGACGAAGCCUCUUAAGUAUUUAUUGCAGUCUUUAAAUGAUUCAAAUUAUUUAGCAGCAAAAUGUGUCUUGGGUAAGAAUGAAAGAAUACGGUUGGAAUGCUCGUUACUUAAAAAUGGCUUAAAAUUGCGAGAACAAUUACUUAAACAGUGGGGUAAAACUUCCACAAGUUGGGCGACUCCAUGCGGCGAUACACCAAAAAAUGGACGAAAGCAGAUGGAAUAUUACAAUCGACUUUCCUUUUUACAAAAUGGAGAUUUCCAAAAUUCAUAUCAACAUAUAUAUAAACAACAAAUAGUUAAUUCGUCGGCUUCCGUUGUGUUAAAAACAAUUUGCAAUAACAUCGCCAAUAAUUUCAUCUGUGAGGAAGAUCUUUUUUAUGGUUCGGAGACUAGGUUUCUCUUGAUCUCUGAAUAUUUUGUGGAUUCAGAAAGUGGAUUGUCAAAUUUUUAUAACUUACAACGAGAACGUAAAAUUUGGUGGAUGCGUUCCUCUGCCGAUUCGAGCCGUUAUUGUGUUGAACCAUUUGAUAUUUAUGCUAACAAAAAUGUUCAAGAUUAUAUAAGUCAAAAAUGCAAAUCAAUAACAAUCAAAGCCAAUUUUCCUUUUGGGUUUGUCAAUAUGGAGUCAAUUACCCUGGUGCCAUUACAUGAUAUCAACUUUUUAAAUUCACUCCACACUGAAGAUUCUACCAAUACUUCAUUAAUACGUUCUGUGAUUAAUUUGGAUUUAACAACAUAUGCUUUAAUUUUAGACGCUAGUGAUUAUGGAUCACUAAACAGAAUUAAUCCACUGAUGUUAAACCGAAAACUGGCUCCAUAUCAAAUUCUACUAGCAAGUUUGAAUCGAGGAAAUAAAGCUAUCGAUGAACUGACCUUGCAUCUGGAACAUGUGCUAAGUAAAAGUGGUCUUCGAUUAUAUAGUACAUCCAUACACAUAAAUUCUCAAAUAGAACUCGAAGAAAAUUUAAUUUAUAUUGACAAUAUCGGCAUACCAUAUGCAUUAGUGGUCGAUGAUGAAUCAUGUAAAAGUGGAUUAAUAAAACUGCGUAGUCGUGAUACCACUCUCUUUGAAACUAUUCACAUUAGCGACAUACCAAAUUAUUUACUAAAUAUUUUUGAAAGUUCUGACAGUUUAUAGAAAUAAAUAAAUAUGGAUUGUUCUCCAAAGCAAUCAAAUGAGUGCA